UUUUGGCAACACGGAAGAAUAAUCUGACUGAUAUAAAUUCACUAUGCGUGCUUUGAAAAACACAAAAUGUCGGUUUGUAGCCGCUCUUGAGGUGAAAAUUCGUGCCUGAACUUUGAAAGUCGAUUCGUCGAGUUUCCGGUUUCGCCGUUCCAGCUUGAUGCAGGGGUGCUGUCGUCAGCCUGCAGCAUCAGAAAAUAACAGGCUAAACACACUAAUUAAUCCCGGCUUUUUAAUAAUCGUUCUGGAAGAUGGUGGCUAAACAGAGGAUCCGCAUGGCCAACGAGAAACACAGCAAGAACAUCACGCAGAGAGGAAACGUAGCCAAGACGCUGCGACCACAAGAGGAGAAGUAUCCUGUGGGCCCCUGGUUACUUGCCCUAUUCGUAUUUGUUGUGUGUGGAUCAGCCAUAUUUCAGAUCAUUCAGAGCAUCCGCAUGGGGAUGUGAUCCAGAAGGCUUCUCCGGACCCACGCCCCACCCCACACGGCCCCAUGCCCUCACUGAGCCUGGCUAGCCCACACCUGCACAGCACAGACCCCCCUCCCCCAUCUUCCAGAGGCCCAGAGACUGACACCAGAGCUUCAGAUCAAGCCGAUUUUGAGCGAGAGAGAUAGAGAGAGAAGCUUCCUCCGACCACCGCCUCCUCCACCUCCACCACCCCUGAUCAGCGUUUACAGUGUUGCAGUUUGUGGUACUGACAGCUUUUCUAUGGACAGUCUAAAACCACGCUGGCAGAAGAACGUGUGUGUCUCAUUACUCACUUGGCACUUGUUUGUGUUUAGGUGUGAGACUGUUGACGUGAGACUGUGCGGCUGGUGAUUCCUGCUGACAAUGUGCCAUAUCUGUCUGUCUCGGUGUUCAUGUGUGUUGUGUGAGAAGAAUCUUUUUUCAAAUAAAUGUCGAGCAUUUAGGGAGCACCCCGGUUUUACUUCUGCUUUUUGUAGCCUCCCUGUGUUUAUCAGUGCACCCACUCCCACACACACUAUGUGCUGAUGUGCUGGUGUAGAGGAUGAGCGAGGAGAGCAUGGAAGGAAAAUCAGAAAAAGGUGGUUAUUCUUCCUUAAGCAUGUUUAUUGAAAGUUGUGAAGUGCAGCUGUCAAGUGCAAUUGUGGUAUGUAUGUUACAAUAUUUUAUCCGGUCUUCACGGAAACAUGCACAGAACAUGAGCAUACAACUGAUACACAGAAUGAAAAAGAAAAAACA